UUUUAAAAAUUAAAACGCGUAGGGAAGCAUUUGUGUACAAACACAACGACAAUUGGAAAAAUUCAAACAGAAGCCAAAAGACCGUCCAUAAAUGUAACAAGUAGUUUUCAAACAAAACCAGAAUGCCUGGUAUCUGCACAGACUAGACAGGCUCAUAGUAUUUCAAGUCCUCUCGUACCUGUGAUUCGAACCCGUGGCCUGAAAAUGGCGAACCUCACAACCCACAUUAUCGCUUCGUUCUUUAUCUUCGCCCUGGGUGUGUGGCACCUUUUGUGCUCCUUCAAAGCCCAUCUGAAAAACCCCAACAAUUACUCUGCAAAACUGUGGUACCCCAUUUUAUCCAAAUUCAAAACCCUAGAAUUGUAUUUGCAGCUCGCUGGUAUAUUGCUCGCUAUUUUCUACUAUCUCGUAAUAUCUGCCGAUUUCGACCUGAUGAUAAAGGGCAGCACGCCGGUAUACCGCUUCCUAACACUGCAAACUGCCGCCGUGCUGUGCAUCUUCCUGAUCCUGGUCGUGGUUGUUUUGAUCCACGAGAGCACCCCCUUUCUGGCCGGAAUACCGCCCGGAAUUUUUUUCUUAACAGCCGCCUUAGGGUUCGGGCUCCAGUGGGCAGUAUUGGAGCGGGGAUCUUCCCUUACGUCUACUGUUGAGGGCAAGUGUGAGGAACUGCUGGGAAAAGUCGCCGGUUUUUGUUGUGGCUGCUCGAUCCUACUGGCGUUUCAGCCAAAGCUUUUUGUGGCGGAAUUGGGGCUGAAUUCUGGAUUGGUUUUGCAGGGUUUGUGGUUUUUUCAGUCCGGUUUGUCGGUGUAUGUGAGGGGUUUCAUACCGGAGGGUUGCGAACGGCUUCUGGAUGUUCCUCGCGGGGUGGAGGGUUCGAUGAAGUGUGAGCUGGAGGAUUACAAGUUACGUGCCUUAGCACUCUUUGAUUUCUUGUUUAUUCUAUAUGUGAUCGCUGUGGUUGUUAUCGAUUUAACCGUUUGCGGUUUUGUGGGGAGGGUUUUGGGAGUUAGGAAGCAUGGCGGUUAUGAGCCAUUGGAUACCAAUCAUAAGGUGCAACCAUAGUGUUGAAUUUGGACACUGAUUUUUUUGUUGCAUAGGAUUUGUGAAGGUUAUAUUCAUCUGAGAGUGUGUUUUUCAAAACAAGUGUGUAUACUGUGAAUGCUAAGUUUCUGUGUUAUCUGUUGAUUUCUAA